AUGCAAAAUUAGAUCGCGCGGUCAUUUCUCACCCCUUGAAACUACAGUGGUUUCGUCCAGACAAAAUAAGUUUGGUAGGAGACGAAGUAAGGUAGCCUAUAUACUGGACUGUUUCCAGGGCCCUCACAUCCCAACUUAUAGGCUCCAGCGCCAACAUACCUCAAAGGGAACUUCAGCACAGCCCUAAAUUAGUGGAAAAGAGCCCUGAGCGUGCUGGCAAAUUAUAAUAGGGCGGCAAAUCUGGGCUAGAAGCCGGCUAUACCUGAAGGGGUCUGGUAUCCAGGUUAAGGUCAAGGUACUACAUAUCAAAUUCCUUGGUGACCUCCUUUACAGCCCAGGGGCGUUCAUGACAGUUUGCCAAGUGACUUCUAGCUUCUUUCGAAGAUGGCCGACCAAACCUCAGGUUCCUCGCCCGCAAGUCAAGAAUCCCCAGCCGCCGCCUCCCUGAGCAAGAACCGCGUCUUGCUUGCCGUCUUGGCGGUGCUGGCGCUAGCGGGGCUGGCGGCGGCGAUCGCGGUCCCCCUGGCGAACAGGGCCCGAGCGAGACGGCAGGAGGAGACGCCCAUGGAACAGGCGAGGCGGAUUCUACGGGAAGUUCCCAUGAUAGACGGCCACAACAACCUGCCUUCGCGCCUGCGCAUGGACGCCCGCCAGCUGCUCCAGACGGUUGACCUCCGGCAGGACCUCAGGGUCAUCUAUGACGUCACCGAGAACGACAUCCCGCGCCUGCGCCAAGGGCUGUCCUCUGCGCACAUGUGGGCUGCCAAGAUGACGUGUGACUCUCAGUACCGAGAUGCAGUGCGGCGCGGCUUCACACAGGUGGACCUGAUCAAGCGCAUGGUGCGGAUGUAUCCGGCGGACUUCAUGCUCGUCACGGAGGCAGACGGUAACACUCGCAUGGUGCGCAUGUAUCCUGCCGACUUCAUGCUGGUCACAGAGGCAGACGGAAUCAUGGAGGCGUUUGAACAGAACAAGAUUGGCAGCAUCAUCACGCUGGAGUCCGGCCACGCCAUCGACAGCAGCCUGGCGCUACUGCGCAUGUUCUAUGACCUCGGCGUGCGCGGAAUGACCUUGACCUGGCAGUGUUCGACUCCUUGGGCAGACUACGAUGGAGAGACGAACAACCCGAACCCUCCACAUAACGGCUUAACGGAUUUCGGAAAGCUGGUUGUCCGGGAAAUGAACCGGUUGGGGAUGAUCGUUGACCUCUCGCACGUGUCGGACAAGGUCAUGAAUGACGCACUGGACAUCAGUGAGGCACCCCUGCACUUCAGCCACUCCGGUGCGUACGCCAUCUGUAACACAACCAGGAACGUCAAGGACGACGUGCUGAUCAAAAUGAAAGAAAAGGACGGCAUCCUGAUGAUCCCGUUUAUUGACGACUUUAUCGGCUGCCGCUCCAACAGCGACACGGACAAGGUGCAGCUGAGCGAGGUCGCAGAUCACUUUGACUACGUCAGGAACCUGAUUGGUGCGGACUACCUGGGUAUCGGCUCGGGGUUCGACUGUUGCACAAGAGACCUGUUUGCUGAAGGCCUGGAGGACGCGUCCACCUACCCUAACCUUUUCGCGGAGCUGCUUCGGCGCGGCUGGACGGAGGACGAGCUGAGGAAGAUCGCGGGGCAGAACCUCAUCAGGGUCUGGAGACGGGUGGAGGCGGUGCGGGACCGUCUGGCUGCCGAGGGGAUGACGGAGAUAGAAGAGCUCAUUCCCGCAGAAGACACGGUGGACGACACGUGCCGAACUUGGGUCGACUAG